AUGGAAGAUGACAAAACCAAAGUUAAGUGCACUUUGUGUAGUUCUGUUAUUUCUCGCGGUGGAACAGGGCGCACUGCUUCAACGAGUGGAAUGACAAAUCAUUUGAAGUUGAAGCAUAAAGAUCAAUUGCCAGAAACAUCGUCUACUUCUGUGAGCGCUCCUGAACAUAGCUUUGACCAUCUUCUCCAUGUGAUCGUGAGAGAUAACGGUCCUAAUAUGGUAAAAGCCAUAAAGGAAAGUGCAUUUGAAGGCAAGGGAUGUUUUAUACAUACAUUGCAGUUGGCCAUUAAAGCGGCAUUAGAGGUUGAAAACGUAAGUGACGCUUUGAUCUCCGCUCGAAGAAUAGUAACACACUUCAACCACUCCAGCACGGCGCAACAAAAACUAAAAGAUAUCCAGAAAGAACUUCAUCUAACUGAGCAUCAGCUUGUCCAGGACGUCACAACUAGGUGGAACAGCACCUAUUAUAUGUUGGAAAGAGUCGUUGAACAAAAACGUGCGAUUUCGCUUUAUAUUUCUGACAAUUCUGGCUCAGUUAACAUUCGAAAUUGUACUGAAAGACAGUGGCAGAUUCUCAAAGAAUGUUUAAUUCUAUUAAAACCUUUUGAAGAAAUCACCAAAAUUACAAGUUCUACAUUUUCUACAAUUUCAGAAGUGAUUCCCCACAGUAACACUCUGAUCAAAUAUUUAACAAAACCCGAAAUUUCAGAAAUAUGUUCAAAUAUACCAGAAAUGGUACAAAAACUACGAGAAGAAGUUCAGUGUCGUUUUAAAAAUUUGGAAGAAGACAAAUACUACUGCCUUUCAACAUUAUUGGAUCCCCGAUUUAGAACGAGAUUUUUUGCCCAAGAAAAUUAUGAACUGGUGAGAAGAAAGCUUUUUCUAGAAGCGAUACAAAGAAGCGACCUUGAUGCGGAAAGCUCAAGCGAAGAUGAAGCUACAAACAGAGGAAGACCUCCACAAAAUGUUUCAAAUUUUUUAGAGGAAUCUCAUGUGACAUUUUGGAAUUGUUAUGAAGAACUUGCCUCGACGAAUCCUGUCAUUUCGGAAGAUCCUAAAAGCCCAAUUGCCGUGGAAUUGAACAAUUAUGAAUCUGAAAGUUUACUACCAAGAAACCAGAGCCCUUUUGAUUGGUGGGCAAAGCAUAAGUCAAAAUAUGCACAUUUAGCCAAUUUAGCUAGAGUGUUUCUAAGUGCUCCUGGUAGUAGUGUUUACAGUGAACGAUUAUUUUCGGAAGCAGGGAACCUGUAUGAAGAAAAACGAAAUAGACUCUUACCAGAGAGGGCAGAGAGCUUGGUGUUUCUGCACCAUAAUUUACCUUUAAUAAAUUAUAAAUAUUAG